AUGAAAAAUUUAUGUUCAAAUGGACGUUCAUCAAAUAAUGAUAUUUCACGAACAUAUUUAAACAAUCCACCUGGAAAAUUAUUUGUUAUGUUUCUGUAAUAUGUCAUUGUGAUGGAUAUGAAUACACAUGACAGUGACCUUUUUUGUUGCUUGGAAAAUAAUCAAUGCAAGUAAUAAUUAGUUUAUUUAUGAAAUUUAUAAAUGUUUGCUGAAUUUGUUCUUUUAGUGGCAAACAAGAUUCAUAAAGAGCAUAUAUAACUGAUCGAAUAUUAAAUACAAAUUUUUUUAAUCGUGAUAGAUGAUUAAUAAUAUUUUUCGUCAAAUUAUCCCC